AUGGACCGGUCGCCAUAUGACGACCAGGUUGGAGGACCAGCUGGUCGCCAUAUGGCGACCGACCCGUGCGUGGACAGGUCGCCAUAUGGCGACCAGGUGGAUAUGAAGAUAGCAACCAUGAAAAUGUCUAGAGGAAGCAACGGUUUUGACAAUAAGAAGACCCAUGGUCAGAAAGUUCACUGGACACGUUCGGAAGACGACAAACUCAAGCAACUCGUGGAACAAAUUGGUCCCCAGAAAUGGAACAUCAUUGGUCUACAUUUCUCUGGAAGAACAGGGAAAAUCUGUAGAGAACGAUGGUACAAUCAACUUGCUCCAAACAUCAACAAGGGACCUUUCACGAAGGAGGAAGAAGAGAUGCUUUUGGUAGCUCAUCGGAUCCAUGGGAAUCGUUGGGCUGUCAUAGCCAAGCUGUUCCCUGGGAGGACUGAUAGCGUUGUCAGGAACCAUUACCAUGUCACCAUGGCUAGAUGCAAACGUAAAGUCUUAUCUUCAACGCCCACUUCUCCGUUCAACCAAAUCUGGAGCCAUUACUUUACUCUUCCAAGGCUAAGUUAUUACCUAUACCCGUUUCAGAGGUAUCAGAUGGACAACAGUCGCGGUCCCUGGCCUUACACUUCUGCUUCAGCACCUAGGAGUGAUCAGUUAGGAUCUAAUGUACACCAUGAACUUGAUCUUGAGAGGGGAAAGUCAAAUCAUCAGGCAGCUACACCAGAUCAUGAGAAGAACUCAUCAGGAGAAGAUGGAACAUCCGUGAUAGAUCAUGGUGAAAAGAGAGAUGUUCCUUUCUUUGAUUUUCUUGGAGUUGGAUUAGAUCUAUCCUUAGAGUUAUAG